AUGGAAAGAGGACGCAGCUUGCUGGAUGGGCCAUGAGGUCUGGCUAUGCAGCCUUGGUGCUUGGUUCCCUGGUGCUGCAGAAGGACCUCAGCGGGGGACCCCCCCCUCCGGAGCCGGACUGCUCGGGAAGCAGAUGGAAAAAAUGGCCCCGUUGGCUCCUGCCCGGAGGGAGACCUGCUGUCCCAGUUCCAACACAUGUUGUGUUCGCAAGGCUUCUGCUGGAUCCCAGAGACGACCUGGGGGUUCCCCCUGGCCGGAGCGGUCCUGCUGCUGCUCUGGCUGGGCUUUGAAAUCUGGACCUCCUCCUGCCUGGCCAGGUGGCAAGCCCAGCUCAGGCGGCCCGUCGCAACGGAGAGUCAUGCGGCGCAGCCCAGCCCUCCUCCCUUGCCUGAAGCAGCGUGCGAAGAAGAGACGGACUUUCCAGCCACACAAGCAAAACAUUCUAGCUGCAUUUGUGGGAGGCAACUAACAUCUGAUUUUGAAAGUUAUGAGCUGCCUUGUCAGGUGCACAGACAUCCUUACGAGCCAUACCAAACUCCACGAAGCUUGUGUCAAGAUGAGAAUUUAUACCAAAAGUACCUCCCCUGUCUACCUCCUUUAUUAAGGGCCACCAUGAUUCUGCCAAAGCACUCCUCCUCCUCCUCCAGCUCCUCCUCCGGCUCCUCCUCCUGCUUGCCGCUCCUAAAACACUUGAACUUGUGCUGCCGUGUGGCUACAGAUACUUCCCAGAGAAUGCAUGAUUCCUCGGACGCUUCCGAAGCCAGCAGCUCCGAUUCUUUUUCCUCGGAAUCAGAAGACCUUUAUUUUCUGAAGAAAAAAAAACAACGUGGGCCAUCGUUUAUCCCUUUAUUCCCAGAAAGACUUCCUGAAAUAAAAGGUGCACCGUUGCUUCCGGAGAGUCAUCCUGAAAUUAAGGGAGUCCCGCAGACGUCUUUUGCACAAAUAAACAUUGUCCAGAGCUCCACUUUUGAAAAGGAGGAUCAUGUCAUUUUGGUGGAGAAAUCUCUCGAAAUCCGCAUGGGACCCCUGCCAGCACCCACAGCCCCCGGCUCUCUUCCCAGGUUGAGGAUCCAGGAUAAAGAGGAAGCGGCAGAAAAACCUUCACCUCUCCCCUUGCUGGAUCAAAUGGCCAUCCAGUGUCUUGACCUCAGGGUGAAGGAGCAAAAAGGGGAACUUGCUAAAACAACAGAGAAAUCCGCCCCAAAACCUUCCUCUGAAAAAGAGGAAGAGCCGUUGAAGGUUACUACAGACCCUGUGAGUGCCUUGCCUCCCGACUCAGAGGAAGUCCCAACUGUUCUAAAAGGAAUGGAUGAGAAAAGUAGAAACUUCUUGGAAUUUCACAUCAAGAAGAAAAUGGUUCAGAGACGGUGUGGCGUUCCCACUGUGGUCAUCAACUCUGUGAACCUGUUUCAAUCUGUGAAAAAAAAAUCCUUCCGUGGGGAUCUUAAAAAAACAAUGCAAAAUGUUUUACUAAUCCCGAGCGACGCUGAAGCUCCAGCGCACCCUCCCCUCCUCCCUAGAAAUGCCAUGGCCGUCUACAUGAAAUCUUUUCAGGAGCCUCCAAGAGCCAAAGAGUACCAUAUUUUUCACAAAGCAAACCCAGAAGAAAUCAGAAAAGUGGCCUUCCCUGCUCCUGAGGAGAAGCUAGGCCUUAAACCAAGAGAUUUCCAGAGAAGCCAAAGAAAUGAGGUCCUUUUCUCAGUGGAGCCAGAAAAACUCCAGAAGCUGCUUUUCCAUUUAACAGUGAAAAUGGUGGAAAUUCAGAAGGGAGCCUUCCCUGAAAUGGUCGAGGACUCCCUCCGCACCUUCAGUAUCCUUUCUGUAAAGCCUCUGCCGAAGCUGAUCCGUUUUGGCAACAAAAUCUCAAGGCCCAAACACCUCUCAUUGACCUUUGUGGCCAAAGAGGCGCUUUGCAUCAUUGACUUCAAUAUCAGCCACAAGUACAUGGUCUUCACCUGGGGAAUCGAAACGCUGCAUUCAAAACCCACGGAAAAGACCAUCCCGGGCCUUUCAAAGGCAACCCAGUGUUCCAGCAGCCCAGAGAAGGGAGUUCCUCAGAAGCCCCCCGUUCCCAUACUGGUACUGAAGAUUCCUCGGAAGGGGGCCUCGACCUCCAGGGGCCCUGAAUCAAAGCAAAUUCUCCUGAUUCCAAAGCCACCAAAGCCCCAGGGCCCCCGUAUUGUCCCCCUGGCUCCUGCAGAAGAGCCUCGGGAUGUGCAGUUUACAGACCUCUUUAAGCAGAGCUGCUUGGCUCCCAGCGCUCCCUCCAAAAAGGCUGAAGGACCCCCACCCCGGUCACUGGCCCUGCCUCUUAGAAAUGUCCCCAUCCAGGAAACGGAAGCACCAGGUGACAGGAUCCAGCCUAAGAAAGCAUCUCUUGCCAUGCCUUGUCCUAAGAGCCAGGGAGCAGCUGGUAAAGACAGUCCCAGCACCAGGCAAGAAGCACCGGGGGAGAAAAUGACGGAUGGCAAAAUCAGGACUCUGAAAGCUGCAAACUUGCAGGAGGAGCUACAAGACCGACCUACAGGUCUCCCAGCUCCCCUUAAGGAAGGAGAGAAGGCAGAAGGAGAAGAGGCAGGAAGCAAGAAAGAUGGGGACCAGCAGGGAGAGCCUUACAGGGGUCUCCCACCAACCUUCCAGAAGGGAGCAGGGGCAGGAAGGAAAAAAGAGGCAGACGAACAGGCAGAGCCUUACAGGGCUGUCCCACCCUCCCCUGAGAAGGGGGCGAGCAAAAGAGAUGGGGACGAACAGGGAGAGCUGGAGGGGACAAUGCACCACACGCCCACCAGAGCAGGGACUGGAAGCAAAAGGGGUGAGAAUCAGCAGGCGGAGCUGGAAGGAACCAUGCAUUACAGGGCUCUCCCCGUACCGGCCGCUGAGAGGGGAGCAAGCAAGAGAGAUGGGGACGACUGGGGAGAGCUGGAGGGGACAAUGCGUUACAGGGCUCCCUCGGAGACCCCCGAGAAAGGAGCAACAACAGGAAGCCAAAGAGAUGCGGACCGACCGGCAGACCUGGAAGGAAGGCUGCGAUACGCCUCCACCGGAGCCGGGGCUAGAAGCAAAAAAGACCGGGACGCUCAGGCGGAGCUGGAAGGGACGUUGCAUUACCGGGCUCUCCCCCCGUCCGCGGAGAAGGGAGCGAAGGAGGAGCACCGACCGGCAGAGCUGGAAGGAACGAUGCGUUGCUCUCCUCUCCCGCAGCCGGCAGCCGAGGCCGGAAGAGCCGCAGCCGAAGGAGCCGGGAGCGCCCAGAGAUUCCCCGCCCGCGAAAGCAAAGCCGGAGCCCAGGCGGACGGGAAAGGAGCGGCGGGGCUCAAGGAAGGCCGGAAGGGCAGGGAAAGAGCACCACGCGGAGACGCCCUGUCCCUCUCCGUGGGCCUGCAGGCGGCGGGCAGCCAGCGGGACGCGACCGCCACGCGAGCCAGCCUCUUCCUGCGGCUGCACCUCACCCGGGAGAAGCUCCACCUGCGCCUGCACAAGCGGCUGGAGGCGGCGCUGCGCCCGCGGCAGAGGGCCGGGCUGAGCCUCCGCGUGGAGACGGGCGCGGGGAAGCGCCGGGGGCCGCCGCCGGCCCGACCCUUCUGCUACGCCUGCCCGGUCCCGGAGAGCCGCGGGGCCGCCGGGAGGACGGUGUGCUGGGCGCUGCCGCAGCGCAUCCUGGACAUGAGCGGCGGCCGGGUGCCGCAGGUGGCCCGCCCCGAGCGCCGGCACGGGGAGCCCCGGAGAGGCGGCCCGCGGCGCCCGGCCAGACGGCGGCGGGGCGCUGGGCAGGGCCGCCCCGGGGAGGCCGCGCCGGGGGUCAUUAAACCGUUUGCUUGACAGCCGAGUCCGGAGGUGUCUUCCGGCCGCGCGGCGGCGGCCUGGCCUCGUCGGCCGGAAUGGGGUCCCGGGACUUCCCGCGGGCUCCGCCGAGCGAGGUCGCUUCCCGGGCGGCCACGAGAGACGGGAAAAACCGGUCGACUCCGGGGCCAC